GGAGGUUGGCGCCUGGCACGCGCCCCCCUACAUCUGGCAAGUCUGUGACAGAAACAGUAACACCCCUCCACACGCACACCCUUUCCCCUCGGCUCCCUCUUCUCAGCUGCGCGGGCCCCCGCAACCGGCGGCCGGCAGCGCCCUCCCUGGCUCCUUGGGGCGCGCGAGUGCACCUGCUUACUCUAAGACAGAGCAUCCCUUUAUCCCAAGGCUUGGGAGGGGGCUGCGGAGGCGCGGCUCAGCUGCCCGCCGCUAAGGAGGUGAAAGAGGUAUCUUCGCUCCGCACCCCACCCUCGCCGAGUUGCGUUGUUCCAAGGCUGACGAGCUCCAGAGAUGCCUUAGGGUGCAGCUCUCUUUGUCCUUCACAGCUGUGCUCCCUGCCCACUGACCCCGUGCACUCCAAGAAAGUGGGGGUGGGGAGCCCGAGACCUAUAGCAUAAAUGGGGACAAGGAGAAAGGAAGACCAUCCCGGGGUGGUGUGUGCCGCUGUCCCCACCCCCUCCCUUUCCUCCUUAGGUUUCCUCCCUCCUGUGUGCCUCUGGGGUCAGGCAGGGGAGGGUCUAGGCAAAGGCGAGGCGGCGGCGGCGGCGGCGGCGGCUUCGGGAGCAUCAUAGGAUCGAGCGCCUGAGCGUCCCGUCCGAGGGUACAGGCAGAGGAGAAGGCUCGCGGCUUGCCACGCUCCUCCAUCUCUCCUCUCCUCUCUGGCUUUUGUGUUAGUGCCUUGGAGCUGCAAGGAGGGUGCGCUGGAGGAGAAGGAGGGGGGCCCGGGGCGAGAGGCACCCCCUUCACGCGCGCGCGCGCACACGUUGCCGGCGCACGCACACACGCGCGGACACACUCACCGACACGCACACACACACGCACAAAGCUCGCUCGCCUCGAGCGCACUAACGUGGCCGUUUUCUUUGUGUGGAGCCCUCAAGGGGGGUUGGGGCCCAGGUUCGGUCCCGGGGAGAUGGCGCAGCCCAUCCUGGGCCAUGGGAGCCUGCAGCCCGCCUCAUCCGCUGGCCUGGCGUCCCUGGAGCUCGACUCGUCGCUGGACCAGUACGUGCAGAUUCGCAUCUUCAAAAUCAUCGUGAUUGGGGACUCCAACGUGGGCAAGACCUGCCUGACCUUUCGCUUCUGCGGGGGGACCUUCCCAGACAAGACUGAGGCCACUAUCGGCGUGGACUUCAGGGAGAAGACCGUGGAAAUCGAGGGCGAGAAGAUCAAGGUUCAGGUGUGGGACACAGCAGGUCAGGAACGCUUCCGCAAAAGCAUGGUCGAGCACUACUAUCGCAAUGUGCACGCAGUGGUCUUCGUCUAUGACGUCACCAAGAUGACAUCCUUCACCAACCUCAAAAUGUGGAUCCAAGAGUGCAAUGGGCAUGCUGUGCCCCCGUUAGUCCCGAAAGUGCUUGUGGGCAACAAGUGUGACUUGAGGGAACAGAUCCAGGUGCCCUCCAACCUAGCCCUGAAAUUUGCCGAUGCCCACAACAUGCUCUUGUUUGAGACGUCGGCCAAGGACCCCAAAGAGAGCCAGAACGUGGAGUCAAUUUUCAUGUGCCUGGCUUGCCGACUGAAGGCUCAGAAAUCCCUGCUCUAUCGUGAUGCUGAAAGGCAGCAGGGGAAGGUGCAGAAACUGGAGUUCCCACAGGAAGCUAACAGUAAAACUUCCUGUCCCUGUUGAAACCAAAUGGUGUAAAUACAAGAUCAAUUAUCACUGGAAUUUUUUCUUUCCCUUUUUUCCGUGCCUGCAUAAUGCUGACACCUGCUUGUUUCCAUACAAAUUGAUAUUAAAAUAAAAUUUGUAUAGAUUAUCA